AUGACUGACCUUGCAUUCAGAAAUGCUACAAAAAUGAAAAACUACAACUUCUUCGAGGGCACCUCAACGGGUUGCGAUACCAUCAUACGGAUGCUCAACGAAGAUGAUAAAGAGCUCAAAGACGAAAUGACCAAAAACUGGCGGAACCAUAAAUUAGAGGAGCUAAACUUUGUCGGAACACUUCCAUGGCUAGUACGUGGACUCUUGUACAGCGGCCUUGUUCUUGCCCUAUUUUCGGUCGUCACUGCCGGCGUCCAGAGUAUGAGACUGCAUCGACUAUCAGCACAUCCUGACGGUCUUGAGAAGAUACGACACAGUCUGGGCAGAAGACGACGAUCCGACAAUAAAGCUCUGCCCAGUUGGUUGCACGUUUACGCGUGGGAGUUUAGUCUUGCAUUUCUGGUAUUGGCUGUCUUGUGCAUGGUUGUUGGCCUCACGAUUUUGAUAUGGGCUGCUGCUGAGCAUGGGCCUUGGAAGCCUGAAGCUGCUGAGUGGUGGGAUGGAAACGCCAAGGCGAGUCACUCUUUCUGUACAACUGGCAGCUUUACUGAUACAUGGAACCUUCCAGAUGGCGGUACUCUUCACAUGCAUUCUGGGGCUAGCAGUGGUGUUCCUAAUCCUAUCACAAGGCGCUCUGUCGAAAAGUCGAGAACUCGUGUAUACAGAACAAUGGAUGAAGAAUCAUAUCCUUUCUUCGCCUACGGCACCCUCAGAGCCUUGCCUUUGCUUGCCCAUAUUCUAACCGGGGAUUCGAACAACACCCACAUUGUCACUAGGAUCAUAGCACCAUCCAGAGUUCACGGCUACUCGCGUUGGGCCAUCCGAAACAACUGUUCUGCAGCCGCAGUCAAAGAUUCACAUGGCUCUAUGGAUGGACUGCUGCUAUAUCUGUCAAAGGACCAACGCGAAAGGCUGGAAAGCCUUCGAGGGCCAUUAUUUGACACAACGCAUGUGAUGGUGAGCCUCAACGUUGGUAUGAACCUCGGUGCAGACAUGUGGGUGUUUAGAGGUGCUGGCGAGAUGCUCUCUAAUAAGCCUUGGUCUUUUGACGACUUCUGCCACGACGUACUUCCACACUGUAUCCCAAUGGGACCUACGGAUACAGAGCCCAGCCGCCGUAGAGCCUGA